AUAAAUCGCAAAAAUGGUCCAUUUCUUAUUUGAAUCUCGGGAACAGGGGAGCCAAUCCCCAACCCCUGUGCCAUGCAGCAGCGCGCUCCCGCCGAGCGCUCGACAGCGGCGUCCCUGCACGCGCACGUCCUCCACCUCCACCAAUGCGGCGGCGCCGGCAACCUCCUCCGCCGCGCCCACGCGGCCGCCCUGACAUCCGGCGCGCUCGCCGCGUCCCUGCCCCUCGCGGGCGCGCUCAUCCUCUCCUACGCCGCGGUCGCCGACCUGCCCUCCUCGCGCCGCCUCCUCCUCCACCACCCGCUCCGCCUCCGCUCCGCCUUCCUCUGGAACUCGCUCUCCCGCGCGCUCUCCUCGGCCUCCCUCCCCGCCGAGGCCCUGCGCGUCUACAACCUCAUGCUCCGCUCCGCCGUCAGCCCGGACGACCGCACCUUCCCCUUCGCCCUCCACGCCGCCGCGGCCGCCGCCGGCGACGGCGCGCACGCGGCCAAGGGCCUCGAGCUCCACGCCGCUGCGCUCCGGAGCGGCCACCUCGCCGACGUCUUCGCGGGCAACACGCUCGUCUCUUUCUACGCCGCCUGUGGCUCCGCCCGUGACGCGCGCAGGGCGUUCGAUGAAAUGCCCGCCCUGGACGUCGUCUCCUGGAACUCCCUGGUGUCCGCGUUCUUGGCCAACAGGAUGUUCGAUGAUGCGAGGCGGGCGUUGGUCGGUAUGAUGGGGAGCGGGGUCCCUGUGAGUGUGGCGAGCUUGGUCUCGGUCGUGCCUGCUUGUGGUGUCGAGCAGGAGCAGGGGUUUGGGUUGGCUCUCCAUGGACUCGCGCUGAAAGCCGGGCUGGACUCCGUGGUUAAUCUUGGAAAUGCAUUGGUUGAUAUGUACGGGAAAUUUUGUCAAGUGGAGGCAUCGAUGCAGGUGUUUGAAGUAAUGCCAGAGAGAAAUGAGGUUUCUUGGAAUUCUGCCAUAGGUUGUUUUCUUAACUCAGGGCUUUAUGGAGAUGUGCUGGCCAUGUUUAGGGAAAUGUCAGAGCGUGGAGUCAUGCCAGGGUCUAUCACAUUAUCAAGUUUGCUGCCUGCUUUGGUUGAGCUUGGUUAUUUUGAUCUGGGGAGGGAGGUACAUGGGUAUAGUAUAAAGAGAGCAAUUGACUCAGAUAUUUUUGUUGCCAAUUCACUUGUGGAUAUGUAUGCCAAACUUGGUUCUCUGGAGAAAGCCUGCACUGUCUUUGAAAAGAUUGAGGUACCCAAUGUGGUGUCAUGGAAUGCAAUGAUCGCUAAUCUUGUGCAGAAUGGAGCUGAGACUGAGGCAUUCCGUCUUGUUAUCAAGAUGCAAAAGGAUGGGGAACAGCCAAAUUCGAUAACCCUGGUGAAUGUACUUCCAGCUUGUUCAAGGAUGUCCUCUCUAAAGACAGGGAAACAGAUCCAUGCAUGGUCGAUCCGUACAGGAUUAAUUUUUGACUUAUUCAUAUCGAAUGCUUUGAUUGAUAUGUACGCGAAGUGUGGGCAGCUGAGUUUGGCGCAAAAUAUUUUUGACCUGUCAGAGAAGGAUGAUGUGUCAUACAACGCGUUGCUUCUGGGUUAUUCUCAGAGUCCAUGGAGUUUUGAAUCUCUUAAUCUAUUUAAGGAGAUAAGGUCUGCGGGAAUCGAGUAUGAUGCUAUUUCUUUCAUGGGUGCUCUGACUGCAUGUACCAAUUUAUGUGCAUUUAAACAAGGGAAAGAAAUUCAUGGUGUUUUAGUACGGAGAUUACAAAGUAAUCAUCCCUUUCUGGCUAAUUCACUGCUAGGUUUGUAUACUAAAGGUGGAAUGCUUGACACUGCAACAAAGAUCUUCAAUAGGAUUACAGAGAAGGAUGUUGCUUCAUGGAAUACCAUGAUCAUGGGAUACGGAAUGCACGGCCAAAUUGAUGUUGCUUUCCAUUUGUUUGAUCUGAUGAAGGAUGAUGGUGUUGAUUAUGAUCAUGUGUCUUACAUCGCAGUGUUGUCGGCAUGCAGCCACGGCGGGCUUGUUGAGAAAGGAAAAGAGUACUUCAGUCAAAUGCGUGCCCAAAAUUUAGAGCCACAACAAAUGCAUUAUGCUUGCAUGGUUGAUCUUCUUGGGCGUACUGGACAACUGACUGAAUCUGUUGAACUAAUCCAAGACAUGCCUUUUCAUGCCAAUUCCGAUGUGUGGGGAGCACUGCUUGGGGCUUGCCGAAUACAUGGAAACAUUGAAGUAGCACAAUAUGCAGCAGAACAUUUGUUUGAGUUGAAGCCAGAGCAUUCGGGUUACUACACACUGCUGAUAAACAUGUACGCUGAGGCUGGUAGGUGGAAUGAAGCAAACAAGAUCAGAAAAUUAAUGAAAUCCAGGAAGGUACAGAAAAAUCCAGCCUAUAGCUGGGUACAGAGUGGCAACAAGCUACAAGCUUUUCUUGUGGGGAAUGGUUAGCUCUGCCGUGAUAAGUUUAAAUUGACUGGCAAUAUAACAGAUGGUGAACUUAUAUGGUGGUACGGAGUCUUCCACUAGGAAUGAAUUGUAUAUAGCACCAUAAUAUUGCAUGUUCACCAAAUCUGAUAAGUAUUGUCACUGUAAUAGUGAAGGAAUGCGAUGAGGAGUGCAAUGACUUUUAGAAGACCGUAGUCGUCGAUGGCUGCACUGUAUGACCUGACAAGAAUCACAUAAAGAUGAGCAAUAUUACUUGGCACUACUGCUGUCUACAUAUCUUUGCUAAUGGAGUUUAGCCUAGUAAUGGAAGAGAAGUUUACUCCGGUUGUAGCUUGGGUCCGAACGUGUCGAAGAUGUUGCCGAUCACACAGCUUCCACCCAGUGAUAGCCAUGAGGAAGGCGAGACAUGAUCAUGGAGCAAACCAAAGAGUGACAGCCUGACAGAUCCUGCAAGGUGCAGUAACAGAUGAUACGGACAUGGCAGCUCAGGCGCUUGAUAGGGAGACAUCUCAAGAUAUUGCCAAGGAGUUUGAAGCAAUCUCUAAUUGAAAGAGUGGGAAUGGAUGAGUGGAGUUCCAUUUGAUAGGGAUCUAUAUAGGAUAAAUACUCCAGACUCGAGUAAUUCCUCUCAUUUCAGGAUCAGCUUAUCUGAACAGUUGUUGGUUGCUUUCUUGACGAAUGUUGAUCUUCGGGUAGUGGCAUAUUCUCUGAUGACUACUCAUGUCUGGUGAUCAUCGAAAGCGAACAUAUGUCAGUUGAACUUUCCUCUGGAAACAUCUCCUGUAACAAGCCAUUCCUAGUAUUAGGCAAUUCUCUUUUGGCGCUGAACAUUUAACACAGUGACUGUUAUGUAGUUCUUCUGGAACCUCCCUUGGCACUGAACAUUUCAGACAGUGACUGUUUUGUAGUUUUUCUGGGAAAUCUCCUUUGGCAAAACCUACCGAUAUUUUGGGAAAAUCUCCUUUUGGCAGAACCGACCUAUAGUUUAGCUAAUCUCCUUUGACAAAAGUACCUAUAGUUCUUCUGAUAUCCUUCGUUACAUAUGCUGUUACUUCUAAUAGUCCAGGGAGCCGCUUAUCUGGGAGCUCAACGCAUUUUCCUCGAGUCGGAUUGCCAGACAAUGGUUUCGGUGCUGAAGGGCCGCGACUAUGCUGCUGCUGAGCUUGGCGUUCUCUUCAGGGAAGCAAGGAGCUUAUGCCAUGCAUCUUUCGAAUCCUAUGAUUUCAAGUACUGUAAACAUGAUUGUAAUAUGGUAGCUCAUGCCUUGGCACAGUUUGGCCUGUCGGCUGAUGCGCCCUUCUCUGUCUGGGCUGUGGAUGCCCCUGAUUUUUUUCGGUCCUGGUGAACACUGAUAUGGUGCACCAGGUUUAAUGGAAUAGAUGCUAUUCCUCUAAAAAAAAAUUCCGCUCCCUGGACAAUUCCCCUUUGGCAUUGGCUUUAGCCAUAGAUUGAUAUCUUGGCACAUCUCCUUCGAUUUUAGGUUUAGCUUCAAUCUUGUGUGGGCAAAUCUCCUUUGGCGGUUAGUGGUACUGCAUCAGGGAUUUCUUUUGCAUUGGCACUCAAGCGUGUGGCCAUACACAUUGGUCCAAACGUUAACUUGCUGUCCAAAGACUGUUCUUUAGUUUAUCACAUUAUCACAUAGCACAGCUUAUUACAAAAAUGUGGGAAUGGAUUUAAUCUAAUUGUUAUUAACAAUAUUGGUCGUUUUGUAUCACAUGAAAAUGACAAAGUGUGAUGUUGCAGGGUUUGUAAGGAGUUAUUUGUUUGUGACUGACUCAGACUGUGAGUCAUACACUGGAAUGAGUGACAGUGAGGACCAAGAAGAAUCUGAAGCUUGGACGGUAGCAUCGGUAAGAUUGAUUAUUUUCUUACAUCUGAAAGAGGGGGUUUCCUGAUAAGGGCAUAGUCUGCCCUGUGUCUGAUCCCUCAGGUCAGUUGGGCCGCAUUGUGUGAGGUAUGUUUCUUAGGGACGAUGGUGGCUCUGUAAUCUUCAGUUCUUGUCGCCAUCUUUACAAUUGGUCAGAUGUACUUGAAGCUGAACUCAUGUCAAUGAAAGAAGGCUCUCCAGUUGUGCAAUCAGCCUAUUGAUAUUGAA